AUGCCUUUGGCCAUCUCACACAUGGGCAUCGUCCUAGGUGUGAUAGUGAUCCUAUGGUCCGGAGUGACAGCAGGUUUCGGCCUUUACCUUCAAUCUCGCUGCGCGCAGUACCUCGAUCGCGGAACUGCUUCCUUCUUCGCCCUUUCGCAAUUGACCUACCCUAAUGCGGCCGUCGUCUUCGAUGCCGCGAUCGCGAUCAAGUGUUUUGGUGUCGGUGUCAGCUACCUCAUUAUCAUUGGUGACUUGAUGCCGGGAGUAGUCCAGGGUUUUGUAGGCGGUUCUCCCGUCUACGACUUCUUGGUUGACAGGCAUUUCUGGGUGACUGCGUUCAUGCUGAUUGUCAUCCCCUUGUCAUAUCUUCGUCGCUUGGAUUCCUUGAAGUAUACGAGUAUCGCGGCGUUAGUAUCCAUGGCAUAUCUGGUGGUUUUGGUGGUAUAUCAUUUCGUGGAGGGGGAUACGAUGGCCGAUCGAGGCCCCAUCCGUGUCAUCCACUGGGCAGGUCCCGUUCCUACCCUCAGCAGUCUACCAGUUAUUGUCUUUGCUUUUACUUGCCAUCAAAAUAUGUUCUCUAUUCUUAAUGAGAUUGAAAACAACAGCCAUCUCAGGACGACUGCUGUUGUCUUUUCCAGUAUCGGAAGCGCAGCGGCGACAUACAUUCUUGUCGCUAUCACCGGGUACCUCUCUUUUGGUAACAAUGUUGGCGGAAACAUUGUUGGCAUGUACCCUCCCGGCCUGUGGGCGACGAUCGGACGGGCUGCGAUCGUCAUCCUGGUGAUGUUCUCCUACCCUCUUCAGUGCCAUCCUUGUCGUGCCUCCGUUGAUGCCGUGCUGCGCUGGAGGCCGAAACCAUCUUCCGCCGGCAACGACAAUUCGCCCCAUCGACACCCUCUACUGGGACCGCGAGGCAGCCGUGCCCCAGAAAUGAGUGACCUCCGUUUCUCCGUGAUCACCACCACCAUCCUGGUGCUUAGCUAUAUUGUUGCGAUGACCGUGUCCUCGCUCGAAGCGGUCCUGGCCUACGUCGGCAGCACCGGAAGCACCAGCAUCAGCUUCAUCCUUCCCGGUCUUUUUUACUACAAGAUCUCCUCCCCCGAUUCUCCCACUCAUCAGCGUCUGAUGAAGGAGGACGAUGAAGCGGCCGAGGACAUGCUUGCGGAUGACAGUAACGAUGAUGACGACAACGAGGCCUCCCAGUCCCGUCCCUUAACAGAGAGCGGCAUUCUUCGGCGCAGCACUCGCCAUUGGCGCAGGACCCUGCUGCGGAAGCUCAGUCUGGCCCUUUCGAUCUACGGUGUCGUUGUUAUGAUUGUCUGUUUGGUGACGAAUUCUCUGUUCAUCGCGUCUCAUUAG